AUGACAGAUGUUUUUGAAGCGGUGGCAAAGGUUAUGUCAAGCCUACAGGGAAUAUCCGUACCACCAUGGAAAGCAUAUCGUUGGGUGCAAGAAUUGGUCGAAUGGUUACGAAAAGCCUCACUGGAAUGUCAUGAAAAUGGGGAUAUGGAUUUUUUUUCUAGAAUGAAGGAAAGUGCCAAGGUACAGUAAAUGUUAAAAUUGUUACCUUUUUCAAAUGUGAUAUUUUACUCUACCGUAUAUAAAAUAUUAGUAAUUUAGCAUUUAAAUAAAUGCUUUUCCGACAGAAUAUCCUUAACCACGAACCAUCUAGCGAAGAAAAGGAACGUAGGCGUUACGUAUGAUGGUGUCGAAUUAGUGGCAGGCUGGAAAGUUGUGGGAACUGAAACUAUUAUAGUGAAUCAGGGUAAAGGGAAACAACCGCAGAAGAAAGUUUUGACAAACUGGGAAGAGCGCCUUGUCGCUGAGUCUUCCCAAGACGUAAGUGCUUUUGCAAGCGAUCUUUCCGCCUCUUUAAAUUCUCGUGUUCAAUUGUGUAUCACAAGUGCUGCGGUUAUGUCUGAUUUCUUUGACAUUGAAGAGACCUUUGUUCGUUUAUGUGGCGAGAGGCUCGAUAGUGGCAGAAUAAAAAUCAAGGAAGGCGAAUUGGAGGAACAUGAGGCAAAGGAAUUCAAAUUGUUCUUCAAAGAAAUGUGUGCCAUAAACCACAUUGUAGAAUUGAAUGACGAGCGCUUUGAUGAGCGAAUGCAUGCAAGUGUUUUGCAUGAGUGGAAAGCAUGCUUGAAAUACUUUGUGUGGGAUAAGGAGAUGAUGGCAAACCUCCUGGCAUGCCUUGUACCAGAUGGGAAUAAUGCUCUAUUACAGCUGAAGGCAGAUGUGGAUACAUCGCUAAUGAAAAUGGAGCUUGUUCCAAAAAAGAGGCAGGAAAUGACCACCAAAAAAGGUGUUUAUUUUUGA